AUGGGAUACGGGCAAUCGUGGCUCUUCCGGUACCCGGCGCCCGCGCCGCUGCCAUCGGCGCCGGUGGCCGAGCCGCCCAAAGCAGCGACGCCCAAGCGCUCGAGCCUGCGCCGUCCGUCUUCCGGCGACAUUGAGCCGAUCGAGACCACGUCGCUGCAAGAUCGCGACGUCGGCGCCUUCUCGCUGCAGCCCAUCGCCGCCGACCGCCUUCUCGUGACGACGCCAUGGGCGAUCUGCGACUUGCGCUUCCAGCACGAGACACAGACCUUCCAGUUGUCGCCACUUGGUCUCGCGCAGGACGCGGCCGCCAUGGACGACGUGGACCGGGCGAUGGUCAUGGCCGGCACGCCGCCGGACGCGUCGUUCUUAUCCUCGGACAUUCUCCACCUCUCGGCCACCGAGCGCGUGCUGCUGCUCGUAUACCAGGAGCUCCACGGCAAAUGCUGUGUCGUCUUGCAGCCGGUCGGCCAGGCAGCCUCGUCCAAGACACGCCAGCGCUUGGAACAAAACGACGUACCGCUCAAGACCGUGUCCAUGGCCGUCGAGGUCGGUGACGCGAGCUUCCACGGUGCACUCCUCUUCCGUCAUGACGCGAUCGUCGCCGUCGGCUACGUCUCGGGUGCCAACGCGGCCAUCGAGCUCGACGCCGACACGUUCGCCACGUUCUUUCCGCAUCUCGUGGGCUUUCACCACGCCGUGACCGCCUACCACUCGGUGCGCCUCGAGGACACGCGCAUCAUCGCGCUCGGCUGCGGCAACGGGGUUGUGCAUUUUGUCCAAGGACCCGCCUGCCUCGACAGCAUCGGCAACGACUUUGCCACGGCGACGUUUGAGAUUGACGGGCCCGUCUCCGACAUCAACGUGUGUAGCCCGAGACGCACGGACGGCGCGAGUAGCGGCGUCACAUGCAUGGCGCUCGUGAGCGGAAGCAUCGGGUACGCGGUCGUGUAUGCGGAUCCAUUUGACGCGUCGGCGUCCCCGUCGCUCUUGCCCGACUCGGACUAUUAUGACAGCAUUCUGUGCUGCGCGUCGGCCGACGUGGACUUUGACGGCGAGAUGGAGCUCCUCCUAGGGUCGUUUAGCAACGCGCUCGUCGCGUACAAGGCAACGACAUCGCCCGACGGGGUGCGCAGCUGGCACCUCGAACCGCGGACCAAGUGGGACUUCUUCUUCUUCGGGCCCGUCUACUCGAUUGUGGUGCAAGACAUGAACGGGGACGGCGUCGACGAAAUUGUCAUUGCCUCCACCGACGGGAUCCACGUGCUCGAGCCCGACUGCGACCUCGUCUUGGCCAAGCUGCAAGCUGUCUUGGCGCUGCUCCAAACCUAA